CAGCAUCGGGUUCGAUAUUCAGAAAAUGACAACCAUCAAAACAUGGCAAGUGAAAGUAACUGUAACAGUGUCAGUGAUGAUUGUGACAGAAUAAAGUUAGUUAGAAAUCCUCCAGAACGGAUAGGACAUGUAGCAGUAUGUUCAGAUAAAUACAUGAUAGUAUGGGGAGGAUACAAUGAUGAUUUCAAUCCUCCCUACACAGAAAAAUAUCUACCAGCAAAUGAAUUGUGGAUUUACAAUACAGAAUUUAAAGUUUGGUAUUUUGAAAGAUGUAAUGUCCAUCCUGUUGCAGCAUCUGGGUCCACUGUCUGUUUAGGUGAUGGAUAUAUGUAUCUAUUCGGUGGCCAUGCACGCUAUGGUAACGUCAAUGAUCUUUUUCGAUUAGAUCUGAGCACAUUGGAGUGGGAGAAAAUGACUCCUCAGGAUAAAAAUGAGAAAAUGACCCCCAGUCCUCGAGACAAAGCAGUGUCCUGGUACUAUGAGAAAAAGUUUUAUACAUUUGGAGGUUUUGGAGUGCCUACAAAAGGUUAUAUGGGAGAGGGCAAGUCCUUCUUUCAAGAUGAAAUUCCAGAACAGAGAGGCUGGAACAAUCAGCUGUGUGUUUUUGAUGUGACCACAAUGGAGUGGAGUAUUCCAGACAAUGUGGGUCCUAAGCCCUCUGCCCGGGCUGCCCAUACAGCAGUGAGGUUUGGUAGCAAGGUUUAUAUUUUUGGAGGGCGACAUUUAAACCUCAGGCUAAAUGAUGUCCAUUGUCUGGAUCUGAACUCACUGUCAUGGAGUGGAAGAUUGUUCAUUGAUGGCUGUCAACCAGAAGGCAGGUCCUGGCACACUGCUGUAGGUCUUUCUGACAACAGAAUGUUUGUGUAUGGAGGCUUCACCACUGACUGCCAGCCCCUCAGUGAUUCCUGGAUUUUAAAUAUCAACAGCCUACAGUGGACUCAGUUAACACAUUUCCCUCAGAAUCGAUGUCGUCUCUGGCACACUGCAUGUGUUACACAGGAUCAAGAUGUCCUGAUCUACGGUGGCUGUGAAAAGAACAUACUGGACUAUGACAGUAUAUGUGAGAUUAAGAAUGACAUUUUAGAAUUCCAGUUUGAACCAUACACACUGAAAAAGCUCUGCAUAGAGUGUGUUUACAGAUUCCGUGUCAGAUUAGGAAGUCAGUGGGAUUCCCUACCUCGGCCUAUUUCUGAUUGGCUACAUAAGAAAGAAACUCUUGACAUUCAGUUGCUGAUGUCAUCAGAUUCUGACUUUUACUCGGAUUGUUUAGAAGAUGAUUCAAAUGUAAUGUGGACUUUAUCCUAUUUCAGAGCAAACUUUGGCUGGAAGGCAACAUCAACAAUGGCUAUGAAAACGAUUGCGGCGUUUUCUUCACUUGUGAUUGUCUUUGCGUAUCUUGCAAAACUAUACUUUGAUAGAAGUUCGGCGAGUGCAGAGAGAAUGAGCCAUAUUUUGUCAGGGCUUCUGAGGGCAGAGAAGAAGAUAGAUGCUCCAAGAACCCGUGUAGCACUAGGUUUUGGUGGCUGUGAAGACUUGAUUGUAGAUGGAAUGACUUUUAUCGACAAGUUUAACUUAGAAGCGCCAGGAAAACCAAAGCAUCAUGACUCAGUUGGGACUAAGGAGGAGCUUUCUGAGUUGUUUGGUUACUUUUUCCAGCAUGGAGCUGCUGCAGAGAGAUAUGUCAGCAACAACACAUUAUUUAAGGAAUUGACAGAUACAGCCUUUUCUAUGGCUGACCACAAAUCCAUCUUGGGAGGAAAUGCACCAGUAAUGGCUAGGAGAAUGGCUAAUGAGGGUGCAGAAGUGCUUCUGGGGGCAAGAUUUACCAAGGAACUUAGACAAACUCUACCUGACACAGUGAAAGUUGUUGGAGAAGAUUUAGAUGUAAAUGAUAUUCAUCUGCUUUUGGAAUAUAAAUCUGGGGACAAGUGGGGCAAGUUUAUCUCACCAAGAGCCAACAGAUUGAUUGUACACAGUGAUGAAAGCAAUCCUUUUAUAGAAACCUUAGAGGGACUGGAAGCCGAGAUCAAGACAUUUAAACCAGCAGCAUUAGUUGUCGGAGGUUUGCAGAUGCUGGAUAAUUUUCCCUUUGAAGACGGAGAAAGAAUAAGAAGAAUAACCAAACUAAAGAAUUUAUUAGCAUCAACACCAAGAAAAACAAGUAUCCAUUUUGAACUAGCAUCAUUUACAGAUGAAAAAUUACUGAGAGAAAUCCGAGACAAUGUAGUUCUGUACUCAGACAGUCUUGGUAUGAAUGAGCAGGAGUUACCCAAUUUGGUUAGUAUUCUUACAAAGGGAAAAGUGACACUGGUGGCCGAUGCUUAUCCUAGAAUUGCCCCAGUACUAGACCAAAUGAGACAGGUUUAUGACAUUCUGAGUAAAACAGAGGAAGUAGAUGGAAGGAGGAAAGUCUCUAGGAUUCAUGUCCACACACUGGCGUAUCAAGCAAUAUUGACAAAGAAAGGAAGCCAGUGGAAAAAAACAAUGCAUGCCACUGCCAAAGCCUCUUUGACAGCUUUUAGACAUGUCUGCAACUCUAAGUACAUUGACACAGAGAAAGCCAGACUUAUCAUGGAUGAUUCAUUUUCCUCAAGUACUCUGCAGUCUGCUCAGCGGAUACCACUGGAGGAGAACAGACCAGUGUCGUGUUGGGAGGAAAAAGAUUACCAGAUUUGUGUGGCACCUGUUCUGGUGUGUACUAAGGUGGUUCAAACAGGGGGAGGUGGAGACAACAUUUCAUCAGCGGGUUUACUGGUACAGGUGGAAUGAGCUGUGUUAGGUGGAGAGGUGGAGAUGUGAAGUUGCAGUUGAUAGCUUGUAUAUUGAUUCUUAUAUAUUCAUUCUUAAGUCAAUGUCUUUAAAUUUAUUGGAUAAAAAUCUAUAACAAAUUGUAUUUUUAUGGCUCAAAAAUUUGAUAGUAAUUAAGAAAUACAAAUGAAUGUGUUGUGAAAAUAUGCAUAGAUAAUAUAUUCAAGAUUGAGAUAUGUGGAAAAGUUGUGUUUGUUUGAUUAUCUCUUUUGUAAAUUCUUUUAUUUUGGUAUUGUGGAGGAUUUAUAUAAAUGUAUGAAGUGUAUAUAUACAUAUAUUUUGUGUUUGUGAAUGAAUGUGUACUAUACUUGGAAAUUUUUCAACAAUUGAUGUCAAUUAUUUUAGGGUGAAAUCGAUUCAUUUAUUUGAAGAUGGUAUAAGUUAGAGGACCAUGAAUUUUUUUAUGAGUAUUUUUUUAUUCAUUCUUAUGUGAACGAGUGUGAGAAAACACCCAACUCUGUAGUACAUGUACACAUGUUUAUGAUUGUUCCUUGUGAGGAAUUGUUAUUUUUCUGUGAUCUCAAAUCUUUCAUUCUACAAACUGCAGGGAAAUUUAUGCAGUGUUUUUUAGAGAUGAAAUGACAGACAUUCCUGAAACUGUAGUUUAUAUCAGAAACCAUCAUCAUUUUAUGUAGAGUUGCUAACCAAUGCUUUAUAUUUUGAUAUUUUCAUUUGAAUUAUUUACAGAAUUGCAAUCCCAAACUUUUUUCAUCAAUAUUCACCAUCCUAAAAAGCUUACUAGAUGGCAACAGUUUAUAGUCUAUUUUUUUCUCUUUCUGCUUAAUAUGAUUAUAACAAAAUAUACAAGCAUCUAAAUCAAACUAGUUCUUACUUAAAUACU